AUGGGUAAUACUUUGUAUAGCAAUAUAGGACACAGUACAACAGAACUGGAUGAUGUAUAUUGUAAAUAUUUAAACAAAUUAUUUAACAUAUAUAAUUAUCUAUUUAAAUAUGAGCAUUUCUUUUUUAUGAAUUCAUAUGCCCUCAACAAUUUCUAUCAUGUUCUGGAGGGUAUUAAUAACAAUGAGGGUCAUGUUUUAAUAAAAAUUUGUAAAUUAAAAUCCGAAGCUCCCAAAAUAAAGAGAAUAUUAUAUACUCUAAAAUUUCUUUUCUCUUUUGAUCUCUUUCCAAAUGUAUUACCUUAUAACCGCAUGAGUGUUUAUGAAAAUAAUAUUUAUAUUUACAGAAGAUUUAUAUUCAAAAAUUUAGAUCACUAUUUAUCUAAUAAGAUAAAUACAAACAAUUUUUAUUAUUUUUAUAUAUUUCAAAUAUUUCUCUCUAUAAUACAACUUCAUUCCUUGGGAAUAUAUCAUGGACAUAUAAAAAGAGAAAAUGUGCUUAUACAAAACAAUAUGCACAUUUUUUUAACAGAUAUCAAUAUACUGAACGACUAUUUAUAUUUUAUACCCAAAAUAAGAUAUGAAGAUGAAAGAAAAGGACGCUUGAUGAAAUUGCAGGAAGAUAUUUUUAACCUAGGGAUACUAAUCUUAGAGAUAUUAUUAAGGGACAAGGAUGUUUCUUAUUUUUUUUUAAAUGAAAAUUAUGCAUAUAAGAAUGAUGAUAAUUUUUACAGUGGAAGGAGGAAACAGAGCGGUUUGACGUUUUUAAAGAAAAUGGAAACCAUAGAUGAAGAUGAUAAGAAUGAUGUAAAGAAUUAUUAUGAUAGUAAUGAUUAUCAUCAUAAUGAGUUUUAUUAUAAUAUGAAUCAACAUUAUGAUUAUCAUAGUGAUAAUUAUUAUAAAUGUAAUAGAUCUAAUUAUAAAGAAGAGUAUACAAAUGAUGAAAAUAAAAAAAAUGAGGAAUACCAAAAAAAAUAUGUACAUGCAUUAUCUUUACCUUCCAUUAAGAAAAAAAAACAAAUCAAAAAUGAAGAAUAUAAAUAUUUUAAUAAAAACCAAAAUAUAAAAAUGAAUAUAGAUAAAUAUAAAUAUUAUAAUUAUCAUUAUAUAAACAAUGUUAACUAUAUUAAUAUAUAUAAUGAUAUAUAUAAUAAUGUUAGUCCUUUUUCAUCUAUUGAUUAUAAUGGAGAAAAUAUUUUUUAUGAAAAUGAUUCGAACUUUUUUAAAAGACAACCUAUCAAAUAUUCUAAUACACAUAAUAUUAAUGAACAAAUAAAUCAUGAUUUUCAGAAACAAAUCAAAUAUAAUGAUAAGAAUAUAAAUCUGAAAAAGCAAAAUAAAGAGGUAACACAAAAAAAGUCACAAGGGAUAAAUAUUUAUAAUGUCACAGAUUUGUUUGAGGAUCAUAACGAUGAUAAUAAUAAAAAUUACCAUGAUAAAAAUAAUAAUCAUGGUGAUAAAAAUAAUAAUCAUGGUGAUAAAAAUAAUAAUCAUGAUGAUAAUAAUAAAAAUUACGAUGAUAAUAAUAAAAAUUACGAUGAUAAUAAUAAAAAUAAUGAUGAUAAUAAUAAAAAUUACGAUGAUAAUAAUAAAAAUUAUGAUGAUAAUAAUAAAAAUUACGAUGAUAAUAAUAAAAAUUAUGAUGAUGAUGAUAAAAAUAAUAUUAGCAACAAUGCUGAUAUAUAUUAUAAUAAUUUACAUAAUUCCAAUUAUUAUAAUAAUGUUUAUAUGAAAAAAAUACCAAAGAAGACCAAAAAAAAUGAUCAUAAAGAUCCUAAUAUGGUACCAUAUAAAAUUUGGAAAGUUGUAAAUCAAGUAAAAAACCCUUUAAUUAUCUAUUCUCUUAUUAAUCAUUUUUUUUCUUAUAAAAAUAAUAAUAAAAAUAUAUUAAAAAUAUUUAAUUAUUGGUCAUAUUAUAUAUUCCCAAGCACAUACAAAUACAUCUUCUUUCCUUUAUCCAUAUUACAAUUACAUCCACUAUUUAAGAAUUCAGACUUUUUUAUAUUAUUAUUACAUUUUAAUUUACCAUUUAUUUUAUUUCAUCUAGACUUAUUUUCUAACAAGGAACAAGAUAAAUAUAUUUUAUUAAAUAUGCUUAACAGGAGGAAUUACAAAUCUGGUUAUGUAUCCACAGCGAAAGGAUCUGGUCCAGCAUAUGAAAAAAGUUAUAAUGAUGAUGAUGAUGACAUUGAUGAUGAUAAUAAUAAUUAUAAUAAUAAUUAUAAUAAUAAUAAUAAUUAUAAUUAUAAUAAUAAUUACCAUUAUGAUGAUUAUUGGAAUAAUGUUCGUAAUAAUCAUCACAUUUGUACAUAUUUGGGAAGGUUAAAUUAUUACUUCAAUAUUGUGCGUACACACACAACAAGUAUAAACAAACACCAAAUGAAGACAUAUAUUAUGAAUACAAAUAUAAAUAAUCAAAUAAAAAAGCAAAUAUUGAAACAGUGGUAUUCUUACAAGAAAGAAAAAAAACAGGAAUAUGCACAAUAUGUCGUAAAUAAUAAAAAUAAUGUACACCAUAAUAUAUAUAUUCAUAAGAAAAGUAAUAAUAAUAAUAAUAAUAAUAAUAAUAAAAGAAGUUAUCAUUCACUUAGCUAUUUCCCUUUUCCUAUUUUGUCAUAUAAAAACGUGCAUGCAUUUUAUAAAAAAUUUUUAAACUUUUACAAAUUUUUGUAUUAUUCAAUUUUUUAUGAAUACAAAAGUUAUAUGGACGUUUUUAAGUGCAUGGAAUAUUACAAAAGGGAAAUCUAUAGCCCCCUAUUUAACGAUUUUUAUUAUAAACAAGAUAGGAAAAAAAAAGAGACAAGCAUGAUGAAUGGUAUGCCUAUGAAGAAGGAUCCUGGCAAUGAAAGAAUUACAUGUGCGAAUAAUAUACAAUCAAAUAAAAUACAUUUAAAAAAAAAAGGAAAAAAGGAAACAUGUAAUUAUAUUAAUAAUAAUAAGGAACGUAAUAAUAAUGAGGAACAUAAUAAUAAUAAGGAACGUAAUAAUAAUAAGGAACGUAAUAAUAAUAAGGAACGUAAUAAUAAUAAGGAACGUAAUAAUAAUAAUAAACAUAAUAAUCAUAAACAUAAUAAUCAAAGAGCUAAUGAAAAUGUCGUAAGAUGGCAAUUCAACGAAGAUAUAGGCCAAUUAAUAAAUAUUAUUAUAUGUUGUUAUAAUUCCUUAACAUACAAUUUUGUUAAGAUGUUAACUAUCGAAAUAAUAUAUUGUAUAAUACUUCAUAUAUCUGAAAAUAGAUUAAAUAAUGAAUUAAUAUCUUUUUUAUUAUAUUGUUUUAAUAAAGAAAAUGAGAAAAUAAAGAUUAUGGUUAUAAAAUGUUUUUAUAAAAUUAUAAACAAUUCAAUGAAUAAUAGAACUAAUAUGCAAUUAUAUAUAGAGAAAUUCCUACCUAAAUAUUAUUUGUUAAAAAAUCAAGAUAUAUAUGAAAAAUACUAUUAUUCAAAAUAUUUACCUCUUUUUUCUUAUAUUACUAUUCAAUAUAUAUAUAAUGAAAGUUUAUUAAAAAACAAUAUAACAAAACAAAAAAAAAAUACAUUAUCCCAAAUACCAUAUAUGGAAAUAUUAAAUGAUAUAAAAACAGAAAUACAGUUUAUUCUUAACACUCAACAAAAUUAUUAUGAAAUUUUAUUUGAAUUCUAUAAUCAUAUAUUUCCAUUUUGUAAAAUUAUGAACAAAAAAUGGGUUAAAAUUCAUAUUCUCCCAUAUUUAUUAACAAAUAUUUAUAAAAGCAAAAACAAUUUUAUAAAAGCUAGUUGCGCAAAAGUUACCUUAAAAAUUGUUUUUUAUAUUAACCAAAAAAAAGUAUAUCAUAUUUUCUUACAAUAUUUAAAGAAAUUAUUAUUUUCUCAAAAUGAACAAAUCAUUGAAUUCCUUUUAUGUGAACUUAAUCACAUAUUAAAAAAAACAUGCCAAAAAUAUAAACAAGAAGAGAAAAAAUACAAAAAAUUCUGGAUUUUUUUAAAGAAAAUUCAACUUGAUCACUUAUAUAUUCAUCCGUCUAUAAUCAUACAACAAUUAGUUGACAAAAUAAAAAAUAAAUUAAAAAAUAUACAGUAUAAAACCACAAACAAAAAUAAUAAAAUGAUAUUUAUGUAA